AUGGCUGCAUUUGCUGGUCCUGUGAAGCCCCUCUUAUCGCUGAACCCGCAGGAGCAGGCCGAAUUUCAGAAACAGGUGGCACAGGUCCGCCAGCACGCGACGCAGAAAGAAAAACUUACUCCUGGAGUUGUCUAUGUUGGUCACAUACCUCGAGGCCUUUUUGAACCCCAACUCAAGUCAUAUUUCUCCCAGUUUGGCACUGUUACGAGACUUAAAUUGUCCAGAAGUAAAAAGACAGGAAAUAGUAAAUGUUAUGCCUUUAUGGAGUUUGAGUCUGAUGAUGUUGCCAGGAUCGUUGCUGAAACAAUGAACAACUACCUUUUUAGUGAAAGACUCUUGAAGUGUGAUUUCAUGCCACCUGAGAAGGUACAUGAAGAACUUUUCAAAGACUGGGAUGUUCCAUUUUCAAAGCCAUCAAAUCCUGCAGUGAAACGAUAUAAUAAACACCGAACACGUACAGAAAAGCUACGGAUGGAAAAGCAAUUUAAACACAAAGAAAAAUUACUAAGAAAGAAAUUAGCCGAUAAAGGAAUUAAUUAUAAUUUUCCUCCAUUGGUUUUACCCAAAAAGGAAAGAAGUGUCACCAACAGUGAUCUUCAGAACUGUACAGGUAGCAAGGACUCUACACCCGUCUGUACACCAUCAUAUUUGGAGAGACGAAAAUCUGAAGUGGCUACAAUAAAUGAUAAUGAUGAAGAUAAUGAAAUAGUGUUCAAACCUGUUGUCAGUGUAAAAGAAGAAACACAAGAAACAGAAACACCUACACAUUCAAGAAGAAAGGACAAACAGUAA